AUGUAUAAUGAAGAAAAUCCUUCUCGUGAGUGCACGACUGUACGAACAGCUGGAAGGCAUACUCCAUUCGAAUUCAACAGGAUUCCUGAAAUUGAUGGUAGCACUGCACUGUUCCUUUUGGCUUCUCGAAGGCGUCAAAAGAGCUACAAUCUAAAGCCUAGGGAAACAAUUUCGGCAGAGCUGUUCUGUCCCAUUUGCAAUGGCCCCCUGAAGAAUCUUGAUUUCUUGAGUUUGAGCAGCCUCGAGAGGUGCCAAAGUUCAAUGUUCAAGACUGCUUGUUCAACUUGCCAGUCUCAGAUUCUUCCAAAAGAUCCCUCGUCAAUGGAGGAUUUCUGUUUGCUCUUACCACAGCAAGCGGUCGGCAGAGCUGAGGAUGCCAUGCAGCAAAAUAAUGGCCAGUCUAGUAUGUCUAACUACAACAACAGUAAGAAGAUGAAAGCGGGUGCAAGUGACCGUGACAGCGAUGACAAUGACACGCAAUUUGGUACAAAUAUCCUUAGCAAUGCCAGUGCUGAUAUGUUUCCUGAUCAGUUUAGUACGCCGCCCAACAAUGCCAUGAUCACGGCCUGUUCACCUACUAAUUUGGUUAAUCGCCUUGACCAGCCACAACCACAAGGGUCCUCUAGUCGUGUUAAUGUAGAUGAUGGGAACUACAUUGAUCCAUAUUUUCGUGCCUUUGCAACCGGAAUUAGGUUUUUCCCUCAUGAUCAAGAGCUGGUUGUGGAGUACUUGAUGAAAAAGAUUAGGAAUGAACCAUUGCCUAAGAACCGUAUUCAUGAGGUUAAUAUUUACGAAUACCAUCCAAAAACACUUGCUGAGAAGUACAAGCUAUAUCGUGAAGAUGCGUGGUAUUUUUUCACUACUAGAACCAGAAAGUAUCCCAAUGGGAAUCGACCUGAUCGAGGAGUGCCUGGUGGAUUUUGGAAGCCUACUGGAAGUCCAGAUACAAAAAUCCUUGAUGAAAACAGCAACACGAUAGUCGAAAGAAGAUCACUAGAUUUUUAUGAAGGGAAAGGGAAAGGUGGUAGUAGAACAGACUGGAAGAUGCAUGAGUACUAUCCUACAACUAAUAAUGUUUCUUCAAGUAGUAGCGAAGGCAUGAGGUUGAAUGAUUGUAUUUUAUGUAGAAUAUACCUUAAAGGAGAGAAACAAAAGGCAGAAGCUAAGAAGACUGGUAAAAAAUCAAGAAACUAUGGCAACACUGUAAGCCACGGCCCCGCAGAUUCAAGAAAUGAUGCUUCCACGUCUUAUAAUGAUAAUUCUCAGCAACCAGCCAAUCAUGCCGCUUUUACUAGUGAUACAAUGGAAGUUUACUUUAACGGAAUCCAACCUUAUGAUUCCAACAUGAAUCAAUGUUGUUAUGGUGACAACAGUAAUCAGACUGCGGCAAUGAUGGAACCAGCAAUGUAUACAUUGCCUAAUUCAAUUGAGGGGACUGGCAGAGUAUCUUCACAACGUGUUGCAUUUACUGUACCAAGUUCUUCCAUGCCCUUGACAAUGAAUGUCGCAGGAUUGAAUGGGCCCAGCUCUUCCAUGCCCCUGACUAUGCAUGGCGCAGGAUUCAUGAGGGGACCAAACUCUUUGCAUGGCGCGGGAUUCAUGAGGGGACCAAACUCUUUGAUGCCCCUGACUAUGCAUGGCGCAGAAUUGAAUGAACCCAACUCUACAAUGCACUUAGCAGGAUUGAACGGACCCAACUUUUCCAUGCCCCUGACUAUGCAUGGCGCAGGAUUGAAUGGAUCUUCCAUGCCCCUGCCUAUGCAUGACGCAAGAUUGAAAGGGCCCAGCUCUUCCAUGCCCCUGACUAUGCAUGGCGCAGGAUUGAAUGGAUCUUCCAUGCCCCUGCCUAUGAUUGAAUGCAUCUUCCAUGCCCCUGAUCACUAUGCAUGGCGCAGAAUUGAAUGGAUUUUCCAUGCCCCUGAUCACUAUGCAUGGCGCAGAAUUGAAUGGAUUUUCCAUGCCCCUGAUCACUAUGCAUGGCGCAGAAUUGAAUGGAUUUUCCAUGCCCCUGAUCACUAUGCAUGGCGCAGAAUUGAAUGGAUUUUCCAUGCCCCUGAUCACUAUGCAUGGCGCAGAAUUGAAUGGAUCUUCCAUGCCCCUGACUAUGCAUGGCGCAGGAUUGAAAGAACCCAACUCUUCCAUGCCCCUGACUAUGCAUGGCGCCGGAUUGAAUGGACCCAGCUCUUCCAUGCCCCUGACUAUGCAUGGCGCAGGAUUGAAUGGAUCCAUCUCUUCCAUGCCGCCGACCACGCUGCCCAUGGAUAA